AUGGAGACUACUGAAAUCGCGCCGACUGCUCAAUCAAAGUUACCGAAGGUAGCAACGGGCGAUUGGAUUAGCUCCCUACCGGACGAAAUCCUCUCCCACAUUCUCUCUUUCCUCCCAACAAAAUACGCCGUCGGCACCUCUUGCCUAAGCCGACGUUGGAAGGAUCUGUGGACUGGGCUGUACGAGCUCGAUCUCGACAACCGCGACACCGUGUUGGGGAACACAGCCAAUCGCGACGAGAUUCUUCAGAGGCGAGACUUGGAGUUCCGCCGCUUCGUCGACAGGGUUCUGAGAGAGCACAAGGAUCUCAAUUCUCUGAGGCGUUUCCACUUACAUUUCGCUGCACCGAACAGCAAGGUGAGCCCCAAUUUCUUGAUGAGGUUAAGAUUGGCGCCCGAUGAAUCUCAGCUUGAGGAAAUGGAUGUUAGUUUUGAGGUGAACCAUUUUUGCAUACCUUGCCUUCCAGACACACUCUACAGUUUGAAUCGUCUAAAAAUUUUGAAGCUUAACAGCGUUGCGUUAGAGAGCACCACAAAAGGGUCUGUUCUUCUUCCUAGUUUGAACAUGCUGCAGCUUUUGAGAGUAGGGAUUAAGGACUGUGAGUCAUUAAGCAGUCUCAUCUCUGGUUGCCCUGUUCUAGAGACUCUACAUUUGGAAAAUUGCUACUACUCAAACAGGAAGGAGGGUGACGAACUCAUUGCUUCCUUACCUUACUUGAAGAACUUGACCGUUAUCGACAAGGGCGUCCUUGGUACUCGGUUGUGCUCCUUUAUAAUAGAGGCACCAUGUCUUGAGCAGCUUUAUCUUGACCAUUUCCCUGAGUUUGAGUUUCAGGACAGUAGUCGUCCUAUGCCAUGCCUUCAUUCAGUGCAUAUUGACACUGGUCAUUAUGGAAUUUCGGAGCGUGGCUUGAUUAGGUUCCUCGCACACGUCUCUAGUGCAAAGGAAAUACACUUAUCACCGCAGAUUCUGGUAAUCAGCAUUGUUCCUUAG